AUGGCUUACCCUGAGAAUGUUGGCAUCAAGGCCAUGGAGAUCUACAUCCCUGGACAGUGCUUGGACCAGUCUCUUUUCGAACAGCACCAAGGCGUUUCGGCAGGAAAAUAUACCGUUGGCUUGGGUCUCAAGUAUAUGAACUUUUGCAACGACCGUGAGGAUGCGUCUUCCAUGGCCCUCACAGCCGUAUCCUCACUCCUGCGAAAGCACAACAUCGAUCCCAACUCAAUCGGCCGCCUUGAAGUCGGUACCGAGUCGUUGGUCGACAAAGCCAAGUCUGUCAAGACCGUGCUGACCCAGCUCUUCGAGCCUGCCGGGAACACCAGCCUAGAAGGCAUCGACACUGUUAACGCAUGCUACGGCGGCACAAGCGCCUUGUUCAACGCUGUCAACUGGGUUGAAUCCCGCUCUUGGGACGGCCGCAACGCUAUCGUGGUGGCAUCGGAUAUUGCCCUGUAUAAGGAAGCCGCGUCUCGGCCUACGGGCGGCGCCGGCUGUGUCGCCAUGCUCAUGGGCCCUAACGCUCUGCUUGUAAUGGAACCGGCGCUCAAGGGGACUUUCAUGACCCAUGCCUAUGACUUCUACAAGCCGGAUCUCAAGGCUGAAUAUCCCUUGGUAAAUGGACAUGAAUCGCUUCGCUGCUACAUGUCGGCGCUGGAUGGUUGUUACGAACGUAUUCGUGAGAAGGUGGAAGCGGCUAGCCACCGUGGUCACGGACAGGGUUCCAACAACCUUCUGGAGACGUUUGAUUACAUGGCAUUUCACACACCUAACUGCAAGAUUGUGAGCAAGUCGUAUGGAAGACUUAUGUACAACGACUACCGACUGUCUAGCGACAAGAGCCGGUGGGAGACCUUGCCGGAAGAGCUCCGGGGGCUCAGCCAUGAGGAUUCUCUGAAGAGCAAGGAGCUCGAGAAGAUCUUCGUCAAUCUUUCUAAGGAGUCGUUCAAAGCGAGGGUCGAGCCGUGUAUUGCCGCCCCUACCUUGUGCGGCAACAUGUACACUGCAAGUUUGUACUGCUCUCUUAUCAGCUUGAUCAGCAACAUCGAUCUGAGAGACAGUGUUGGGAAGACUAUCGGCAUGUUCAGUUAUGGCAGCGGUAUCGCCAGCACUCUGUAUGCGCUCAAGAUCACCGGAGAUCUCGGCGAGAUGGUCCAGAAGAUUGACUUCAUGAAACGUCUCGAGCAACGUGAGAUUUGUACGCCUGAGCAGUAUGAAGAGGCCUGCUCUCUCAGAUUGAAAGCAUAUGGCGCCAAGGAUUAUGAGCCUGCUGGAAGUAUCGAAACCAUGGCUCCUGGGACGUACUACUUGCAGAAUGUCGAUGAUGUAUACCGCCGGUUUUACGCUGUGAAGUCAUAA